GCACAACGAAUUUCUUCUUGCUGACAACAACCGGAUUUCGAUUUCGUUAUUGAAAACGUCCACGCUAGAGAAUAAGGAAGAAAGGACACUCGAUUUUCUCAUUGUCCCCAAGUAUGCAAUUGUGGAAGAGAAUCAGUUAUGGUUCUCCCCUUGGAUUUGCAGGAAUUUAUCCUCCGUGCUCGAGUAUUGAAGCUGUAUAGGCAAGCUCUAAGGACUGCUCGAAGAGCCCCUGGUCAUGCAAGAGUUGAAUUGAAACAGCAGAUUAGACAAGAGAUGGAGACUAACCGGAACUGCACUGACAAACAGAGGAUUCGUUUCUUGGUUAGUGAAGGAUUAGAGAGACUGAAAGGUCUGAGUGAGAUGCUCGAUAUGCAAGGUCAUUGCUGAUGUAGUGAGUGGGACUCUAUUUUGUAUUUGCAAGGAAUUCUUCCCUCUCCUGUAUCUGUUUCAACAUAGUUCAGUGUUCAUCAACUUUGGUCCCUCAUAAAGGAUGUGUAUUUUUGUUGUCUCCAUAUUGCUACCCAAAACAAGCAAAAGAAAUCCUUUGUUGUUUAAGGAAUUGGCAGUUUGUUUGGAGGGAUGAAUUCCAUUUUGCAGUUGUGUCUUUUGGUUUUUUUACCCAA